AUCGAAUCCAGGUUGCUUGACUGUCAAUUCUUCCGAAAGAUAUAGAUACUCUGAACUCUAAAGUCUUGAUAUCCAAGGGACGAUUGGUGACAGACUGUUCUUGAUUCGCACCCGUUCCAACAUGUCUCAUACUGUGGGCAGCCUGAUCAGAAUGUUCGGUCGUCAACAACUGGACGUCGACAUCUCUUCAACACUGUCUGAGAAAAAAUGGACUAGCGAUUAUCAUCCUCUGUACCGUGAAACAGUGAGAGGGAGGCUUCCAACGAGACAGGAACUUACAGCUUUUCUGUCACCUGAGACACUACCCUCCAAGGCUGAUUCCUUAGGUUUAGCCACCCCUGCACAUAUGUUGAACACUCAGCAGCUAGAGCUCAUGACUGAAGGCGAUGUGACGCAUGAUUUUGAUCAGAACAUUAUUCCUUUGGUGGAGCUCGCCUUUUCAGGGGAAUCAGCAGUCACCAUACCAGCCCGCGGCGACGCACCUGUACCAGGGGGGCCCAAACUCUCGCCGCGUUCACUAGUGGCCUCGAAGAAUUCGAGUUCAAGCAAAAAGGUCGUCGAUUACCAAAUGACAAUGUCCCAUGAAAUUAAGUUGCUUGAGUCCCCUGCUAUAAUAGGGGAGUUGAAGCGGCCAAGGAUCAUCAAAAGGAAGGAAUGGGCAUUUGAACAAAAUCCAUCGGAAACGACAAUAAGGCUUAUAUAUGCGCACUUGUAUGAAUGUCCUCAAGUAUUCCUCUUCGACUCAAAGACUCUAGUCCUUGUGCAAUUCCGUGCCCAAAGUACAAAGAAGAUUGCAAAUGAAUGCUGCGGGGUUGAUGUCUGCAUUAUCCCUCGAGAGGAGUUCCAACUAGAAGGCCAGUGUUCUAUGGCGGAAGGCCUAUAUGCGCUCGCGUUAAGAGGUUUCACUCGUCUUUGUGCUACUAGGGGCUGGGCAGAGAGAGAAAGGGGCGAGUACGAGCGACAUUAUGAAUUCUAUUCGGGGCGCCCUAUCUGGAAAGAUCGCCAGGGUCGCGUCUAUCAUGGUCACUCCUAUGGAUAUCGACGGGAUUUGGAUUUCAGAUUACACCAGCAGUCCAAUAAGCUUAAAGUCUAUGGCUACUGGGUUUGGCUGGAUAGCCUAGGGAAUUCCAUUGUUGACGACACGAAAAAUUGUUUCACAACUACUGAAAUCUUUGUGUUGUGA